AUGAAUGACGAACAACUAAUUGAAUUAGUGCGUCAAUAUCCUGUGCUGUACGAUGUAUCACAUCCAAAAUAUAUGAACACCUCCUUGAAACUCGAUAUUUGGAAUAAGAUUGGUAGAAAUAUAAGACAAGAUGUGUCAGUAUGUAAAGCCAGAUGGAACAACAUAAGAGACAAUUACAAAAAAUGUCUAAGAAAGACAGCAAUGAAGAGGCGGCAAAAUGCAAAAAAAAUAAGACUCUAUAAAUAUUCGGAGCAAUUAAGCUUUUUAAAAAAAUAUAUUGACGAAAGGAAAACUAAUACGAGCAUUGACAGUCAAGAAAAAGGGCAAGAAUAUGACAGGCAAGAAGAAAAUAAUGAAAAUGAUGUAGAAAAAGGAAAAGUUAAUGCAGAGGAACUCAAUAACGUAUUAGAUAUAAAUGAUGAUUUACCAUGCCGGGCGUUUUCUAUUUCAAAUUGCAAUACAUUUGAAAUUCCAACCAAUCCAACGAUACAAAAAACAGCAAUGAAAACAGUGAUACCACAACAAACAGCUUCGUCACAAUUAAUGGAGUAUUUAAUCAAUAAAAAUCCAAAUAAAACAUCAGAACAUCCCGUAGAUGCAUUUUUAACUGGUAUUGCAACAACUUUAAAAACUCUAUCUCCAUACAAUUUAAAUUUAGCGAAAUCAGAGAUUUUCUCCAUAGUGCAAAAAUAUGAGCUGAAAAUGAUUUCGGAACAGCAUUCAUGUCAAGAAAGAUCUAAUCAAAUGUGUAGUUGUGCUUCCAGCAGCUCAUUACCAAUAUCUACUCCACUAUUAUCGCCUACUGAAAAAUUAGAAUUUACAUCAGAAACAUACAUACAACAAUAG